GUGAUUGUCAAAUUGUCAAUUCAAUAUUUAAUUCGUUUCUUACGCCUCUAAGCGCUUUUUUACAUUUAAUAGAAUAAUUUUUAUUUUAAAGUCAUUAUGGAUGUCUUUCUAAUGAUUAGGCGAAAAAAAUUAACCAUUUUCACAGACGCCAAGGAUACGACGACCGUGUUAGAAUUAAAGAAAAUGAUCGAAGGUAUCCUAAAAGUACCACCAGCAAGUCAGAUGCUGUUCAACAAAGACAGUCAGCUGAUGGAAGAUGAUACGACCCUGGCGGAGUAUGGCCUCACAUCAGCCACAGCUAAAGCUCAAUGCCCUGCACCAAUUGGACUGGCCUUGAGGAAGGAAAAUGGAGAAUUUGAAGCUCUGGAUUUGACUCCGUACUCAUCACCACCCGACCUCCCAGAUGUCAUGAAGUCUCAGGAAACCAAUGGACAGGAACAGAUGGAUCAGCAUUAAACGGCACGGUGGCAUUUCAAACGGAACAGUUGCAAGUAAAACCCCACAUCAUCGGUUUCAUAAAUACCCGGUUCGACGUGAACUGGACGGACGGAAUCUAUUUUAUUUUUGCAUACGGACAUAUUUUGUUUACGUUUUAUCAAUUUGUGUUCAAUUUUAACAUAUUCUGUUAUGUCUACUCAAUUGUUUGUAGUAUUUUUCUAAUGCUUUGUAAGGGAAUAGCGCUUUUCGCAAUAUAUGAUCUAAAAUAAAAUAAUUUCAACUCCUAUGGUUCAUGUAUGACACGCUCAAUAAUAUCGUAAUAAUAAUUAAAAAUACGCGUCUCCAAGACCAAGUAAAGACUGAAUUCGGUCGUUAACAACUUGUACAUCGUGAUAAUAUACAAGUAAUCAUUCGCAAACGCAAAACCGUGAACAACUUUGAUUCCUUGAAUAUUUUAUGAUCUCCCUCAAUUCGGGAAUAUAUCGUUGCAAAUACAAAAGCUAGAAUUUUGCAAGUAGGUCCAUAUAUGAAAAGGUUGUCAAUGAAUGUAGUAAUUGAAAAUCCUCCUUUUUGAAGUUGGUUAAAUAUUAUGAACUUUAGAAAAUCAACUUUAACUUUUUAUUUUUAAAGUGAAUUUCACAAAUUUGUUUAUUUUAUUUUCAGUUGCAAUGCAUGCAUGCAGAUGCAAUUUAUUAUUGAGCGUGUGAUAUAGUUAAUACUGUUUCGUUGCUAUUAAAUUAUAAAUAUUGUGACACGCAAGAGGUUAUAAGAAAGCCAAUCAGUACAGUCGAGAAAUGGACUCAUGAUUAAAGUGACCAUCCGACACUGUUUAGGCGAGAAAGUCCUGCUUCUGCAGACUUCCGAAGUGUCAAGAUCAACACUAAUGUGUUGUUCUGAUGUUCUUUGAGCGAUUUAAUGUCCCACUUUGACCGGAUAAAUAAAUGGUUACAUUACUCAUGAUCCACUUUAAAACUGUUAUAGUGUCAACAUAGUUUAUUAUUGAUUCAACAUGGUAUUUACUAAAUAAUUACAUUACUGUCAGAGUAUAGGAGCUCUGUGUCUCCUUUUUAUCGGUCUUAGUGUACAAUAUUUUAAUAGCGUUCAUAUAGAUAGGUGUGCUCUCUCCAUUAUAGCUUAGAGGCAAUGGACACUUAUAUAAUUUACGGGCCGAAAAAAUUUGCCCAUAGACAAAUGUCUACCAUCAUGCUUGAUUUCUCAGGGAAUAUUGUUACAAAGUACAUUUUUUUGGCAUCGCACAGUUGCAUAAAUGGUAUCUGUCUAUAGUAUAAUCGGUCUUGCUUACCCAAAGCAGGAUUAUAGAAGUGCCCAUUGUCUUAAUUUUAAGUCAAAUCGGGCCGAUUCUCACUGCUUAGUUGAGCUCAAGCAAUGAGCGGGCAGUAUCAACGAAAUUCUUAAAUGUACAUACAUUUAACUGUGGUUUAGUAUAGUGUGGUUGUGCAUUAUAUAAUUUUAAAAAAUGCCAAUGUCUAAAAAAAGUCUUGCCUCCUUAUUUAUUAAAACGACAAAUGAGAGUAUUUUAGCUAUUGAAUUGUUUUCUCCCUUUCUUCAAGAUAUAUUAUUAAUUUGAAAGAAGGACAAGACAUUUUAAUAGUUAAAAUAUGCUUACAGGUUUUAAUUUUUAUGAGUUAGACUGUAACGUCACAAUUUCGCAAUGACCACCGAAACACGGAGGAAGCCCUCUAGACAAGUACAAGUUCUGUUAGGAAUAUCGCCAGUAGAAAACUUUAACAUACAUUUUAAACAUGAUCAUUAUAUGCUAUUGAAAAUAACUUCAACCACAUAAGUGAUAUCAAUAACUUAAUUUUUUUUUUCUACUUUGAACCAUUAAAUUUCGCUUGAUAUAAAAAAAGCCCACUUUCCGCCAAUUACAUUGACCAUUAAGUUUCAUUUACAUUUUUGUCAGUAUUUGCAUUUAAAAUUUUUAAAUAGUUAUGUUAUGUUUGAAAUAUCCAUGUAUAUUAUUACCUGAUAACACAACUCCAUAAAUAAAACUCCGUAUAAAAUAUCACUACGGCACAGAAUUGGC